CUCUGUCAGGCGCUGCGUCACAUAUAUACAGGGAGUCACUGGAAAUCUCAAUUAGAUAAGCAGAGGCGGUAUAAAGCUCUUUAUUCAUGACCUAUUCCCCGCCUAAGAUACGUUGCUAGUCUGCUGUGGAGAUGAUGAGAGACCGAACCUGAGCUUGUCGCUGACUUGUAUGACUUUAACAAUCCUGGCGCGCUGUCACCUGGAUGCAACUGAUUGAACCACUCGAAGAAUCCACAUCACUGUGCAGAUUGAUAUUUUAAAAUCAAACUGUUAGUUAAUUUAAAAACACGCUGUCAGUUGCCAAAUGCAAUCGAUUUAAAAUCCAUUCACUCACUAACUGUUAUUUCGCCUUCUGGUAGUAUCCGUUACCCGAGAAGUAGACCUGACGCAAGUUGGAUGCAGGAUACCAGCUGUUUCAGAGUUAACUCCAGAUUCAAUUUUGGAAAACCUUUCCCGCCAGCACCGGGAAGAGAGAACGGAUUCAGUUUUCCCUCCGCUGUCACCACCAUUAUGAAGUCAGCUGAAGAAGAUGCCUUCAACUACACGCCUAACGUCAGCCUGUCUCUGCCCCUGAGUAUGGGCAUGGGCAUGGGCAUGAGUAUGGGCAUGGGUGGUCCAUACCUAGCCAACCAGUACCACAACCUGCAGACCAGCCCCCUCAUCUCCAUCACCUCCUGCCAGCAGCAGAGCAGCAGCAGCUACUCCUCCUCCACCUCCACCUCCUCCUCCUCCAUCAUGCACCACGAGGACUCCUCCUCCAUCGCGCCGGGCUACUACGCCCGCCCCAACGGCGCGCCUCCGCUCGAGAGCCCGCGGAUCGAGAUCACCACCGCCUACAGCCCCUUCGCCGACGAGGACGAGGUGGAGGAGGGCGGCAGCGGUAGUGGCGGUGGUGGCGGCGGCGACCCAGUGAGCCGAGGCACCAAGCAGCGCAACGUCGUCAACUCUGUGGUGACGCUGACGCUGCCGAACGCCGAUGGCUACCGCGACCCCAGCUGCCUCAGUCCCGCCAGCAGCCUGUCGUCCCGCAGCUGCAACUCGGACGGCGGCUCGUCCUACGAGUACUACAACUACGACGCGUCGCCGCAGAACUCGCCCUGGCAGUCGCCGUGCGUCUCCCCGAAGGGCUCGUCCUCACUGCUGUCCUGCCCGCACGCCGCCGUGGCUGCCAUGGCGACGGGCAUGAGUGGCAGUGCCAACGGCGGCGGUGUUGCUGUUGGUGGCGGGUCGUCCUCCUCGCCCACCCACCCACACUCUCCCUCCUCCACCUCCCCACACACGGGCGUCGCCAAUGACGACGGGUGGGGGGUCAACAGCAAUGGAAAUGGCCUCGGUAAUGGUAACGGAUUGCCGCGUGGCGUUAUCGGUAGCGGUGGUGGUGGUGGCGGCGGCGGAGGAGGUGGCGGCGUUAGCUCCCGCCCCAACUCCCCCUCCUGCGGAGCCACGGCCGGGAAGCGGAAGUACAGCUUCAACGGCGCCCCCUACAGGCAGCAACCGCCGUACUCGCCCACCAACCAGUCGCCCGUGCCCUCGCCGCGCGGCUCACCACGCAUCAGCGUCUCCGAGGACACCUGGCUGGCCGGCUCCAACACCAACCAGUACACCAACUCCGCCAUCGUGGCUGCCAUCAACGCGCUGACCACAGAUGGGGUGGCCGACCUGGGGGAGGGCAUUCCUAUUAAGGCACGCAAGACCACUGUGGAGCCCCAGAUGGGGAUGAGCCUGAAAGUGGAGCCCAGGGAGGAUGAGCUCGGGCCGGGCAGCGUCGGAGGCGGAGGAGAUCCCCACCACCACAAUCACCACCACCACCACCACCACCUCAUCCAGGAUGACUAUGGCACCACCAACACCUCCCCUUCCUCCACCUCCCCCAGCAACAACAACGGCCGCCUGCCCUUCAAGAAGGAGAGCUACUGCUCUGGGUUUCUGGACGUGCCCCCACACCCCUACUCUUGGUCCAAGCCCAAGCCAUACCUCAGUCCCUCUCUGCCUUCUCUGGACUGGCAGCUUCCGUCCUGCUCGGGGCCAUAUAAUCUGCAGAUCGAGGUGCAGCCCAAGUCCCACCACCGCGCCCACUACGAGACCGAGGGCAGCCGAGGGGCAGUCAAGGCCCUCUCAGGACACCCCGUGGUGCAGCUGUUCGGCUACAUGGAGAGCGAGCCCCUCACCCUGCAGCUGUUCAUCGGCACGGCGGACGACCGGCUGCUGCGGCCUCACGCCUUCUACCAGGUCCACCGCAUCACCGGCAAGACCGUCUCCACCGCCAGCCACGAGGUCAUGCAGAGCAAUACCAAGGUGCUGGAGAUACCUUUACUGCCGGAAAACAACAUGAGAGCCAUAAUUGACUGUGCUGGGAUCCUGAAGCUGCGGAACUCCGACAUCGAGCUGCGCAAGGGGGAGACGGACAUCGGCCGCAAGAACACUCGCGUGAGGAUGGUGUUCCGCGUGCACAUCAACCAGCCCAAUGGCAGGACGGUGUCCCUGCAGGCCUGCUCCAACCCCAUAGAGUGCUCCCAGCGUUCGGCCCAGGAGCUGCCCCUGGUGGAGAAGCAGAGUAUGGACAGCUACGUGGCCACGGGGGGCAAGAGAAUGCUGCUCAGCGGACACAACUUCCUGCCCGACUCCAAGGUGGUGUUCGUGGAGAAGGCCCAAGAUGGACACCAUCUGUGGGAGACAGAGGCCAAGGUGGACAAGGACUGCAUUAAGUCUACUUCGAUAGUGGUGGAGAUUCCCCCCUAUCGCAACCAGAGGAUAUCCAGCCCUGUGCAGGUCAACUUCUACGUCUGCAACGGCAAGAGGAAGAGGAGCCAGUACCAGCGCUUCACCUACCUGUCCCCCAACGUCCCCAUGAUAAAGACAGAGCCCAGCGAUGACUACGAGUCCCAUGGUGCACCAGUGAUGUCCCUGCAUUCCAAGUCCUACUACGGACAGCAGAGGCUGGCUCCCAUGAUGCCUCUGGGCGAGGCCGGUGGCGACGGCUGCCUGGUGCCCGGUGGUGGUGGCGGCUACCCGUCCUGCCCACCGCAGCACCACACUACUGCCGUGCCCGUCUCUGUGCCCGUUUCCUUGCCCGUCUCCAUGUCCGCGUCGCCCAGCUCCAGCCCCAAGUUGCACGACCUCUCCCCCGUCCUGCCGUAUCCCGCCAAGUGCCUUCCCGCUCCCAGCAGCCCCACGCACCACCCCUUCACCAUGCCAGAGGCAGCCGGCAGACUUCCUGGGUCUCCGCCGGACCACCACCACCACCACCACCACCCGUCCCUCACCCUGCUCCAUUCCCAGGGCAGCACGCAGCACCACCAGCUGGGCAGCAGCCCCGGCGGCUACAACCCCCCGCCGCCUCUCCCGCUCUACCCCAACAGCAGCCCCUCGUCCUCCCCCGCCUCACAGCCCUCCACCCCGGGCGCCACCACCGCCGAGAGCCCCUUCGCCACCACUGCGUCCUUCAGCCCCAGCCAGGCCUCCUCCUCCUCCACGGCCCAGGGCAGCCCUCCAGGAAGCCCCCCGGACGGGUCCCAAGCCGUCACAGUCAAACAGGAGCCCCAGGAGCUGGACCAGAUGUACCUGGAUGAUGUUAAUGAGAUCAUCAGGAACGACCUCAUCUCCGUCCACAGCCACGCAUAAAGGCCCACACACACACACACACACACACACACACACACACACACACACACACACACACACACACACACACACACACACACA